AUUCCCCUUUCACUGUUAACAAUGGCUGAUUCCCCUGUUUCUUCCCACCUCAAAAUUAUUUUUGAGAUGCUAGCUGAUGAAGCCUUGAAGAAAUAUGCUCACUCUAAGGGAAUUGACUCCCAGCUCAAGAAAUUGAGGGUCAUGUUGGUCCAGAUCGUGAAUUUGCUGAAUGAUGCUUCUCGCCAGGAAAUAACUAGUCAAUCUGUUAAAGAAUGGAUGAAUGAUCUCCAACAUCUGGCUUAUGAUAUCGAUGACGUACUUGACGACGUGGCUACCGACGCUAUUCAUCCUGAGCUGACUCAGGAAUCAUCGGGAGCAAGCACAAGCAAGUUAAGAAAGCUCAUCCCAUCAUGCUGCACAAACCUCUCACCAAGUCAUAGGUUGUAUCCGGAGUUGGAUAGUAUUACUUCCCAAUUACACCAUCUAUAUAAAGCCAAAAAUGAACUUGGUUUGUUGGCGGUGUCUGAUGAAAGGAGAAUAGUUACUAAUAAUAGAAGAGUACUUCAAACAUCUUUGGUACAUGUGUCCGGUAUUGUUGGACGACAAGCUGAGAAAGAGAGAUUGGUUUACGAGUUAUUGAGGGAUAAUCAGUCAUCUAAGGAGAACUUUAGCAUCGUACCCAUAGUUGGUAUGGGUGGAAUUGGAAAGACCACUCUAGCUCAACUUUUGUAUAAUGAUACACGGGUGAAGAGUCACUUUGAACUCAUGGCAUGGUAUUGUGUUUCUGAUGAAUUUGAUGUAUUCAUAAUAACCAAAACCAUUUUUCAAUCAGUGACUGGACAAAACACGGAUUUUAAAGAUUUAAAUCUGCUUCAAAUGGCUCUUUUAGAGCAUUUGAAGGGCAAACGAUUCCUACUAGUACUUGACGACGUGUGGAGUGAGAGCUAUGAAGAUUGGGAAACCCUAGUGCGACCAUUUCAUUCGGGGGCUCAUGGGAGUAAAAUAAUCAUGACAACCCGUAAGGAGCAAUUGCUCAAAAAGCUAGGUUUUGAUCAUCUAGUCCAGCUCAAGAGUUUGUCAAAUGAAGAUGCUUUGUCUUUGUUUGCUCAACAAGCAUUGGGUGUAGAUAACUUUGACUCACAUCCAACACUUCGGGCAAUGGGUGAAAGCAUUGUUGAAAAGUGUGGUGGUUUGCCUUUGGCUUUAAAAACAAUCGGAAGAUUACUAAGAACAAAAACAGAUGCAGAAGAGUGGUUUGACGUGUUGGAAAGUGAGCUAUGGCAAUUCGAUGGUGGGAUUCUUCCAGCGCUUAGGAUAAGCUACAAUGAUCUUUCUUCAGAUCUGAAGCGGUUGUUUGCGUACUGCUCCUUGUUCCCUAAGGACAUGUUGUUUGACGUGGAGGAGUUAGUCUUAUUGUGGAUGGCCGAAGGGUUUUUGACCCAAUCAAAUCCAACCAUGGCACCAGAACGCUUGGGCCAUGAAUGUUUCGAAGAGUUGUUAUCAAGGUCCUUUUUUCAACAUGCGCCUAAUGAGGAAUCACUGUUUGUGAUGCAUGAUCUCAUGAACGACUUAGCCACAUAUGUUGCUGGAGGUUAUUUUUUAAGAUUUGAGAAGCAUAUGCAGACAAGGAAGGAAGCUUUGGCAAAGUACCGCCAUAUGUCAUUUAUUCAUGAGGAAUAUGUAGCUUAUCAGGAGUUUGAGAAACUAAAAACACCUAGAAGUUUGAGAACCUUGUUAGCGGUAUCUUUUUCGAUGAAUCAAAGUUGGGGCGCCUUUUACUUAUCUAGUAAGAUUUUGGUUGACUUACUUCCAGCGUUACCAAUGUUAAGGGUUCUUUCAUUGAGUCGUUUUGAGAUUGGCGAGGUACCUGAUGUCAUUGGUAGUUUGAAGCACUUGAGGUAUCUUAAUUUAUCUCAAACUAAAAUCAAAGAGUUACCAGAGAAUGUCGGCAGUCUAUAUAAUUUAGAAACAUUAAUUGUUUUCGGCUGCCAGAGUUUGCAUAAGCUGCCUAAAAGCUUCUUGAAGCUAGAAAAGUUGCGGCAUUUUGACACCAGGGAUACUCCACUCCUAGAGAAGCUUCCCAUGGGGAUUGGCGAGUUGAAAAGCUUACAGAUUCUCACCAAGAUCAUCAUUGAAGAAGAUAAUGGCUUUGCAAUAACCGAGCUUAAGAGUUUAAAGAAUAUCCAUGGGGAAAUUUCCAUUCAGGGGUUGCACAAUGUGCAAAGCCCAAUGCAAGCACAUGAGGCGAACUUAUCUCAAAAAAGGCUUACUAAGUUAGAGCUGAAAUGGGAUAAUGGUUCUCAAAGGGGAACACUUGAAAACGAGGUUCUGAACGAGCUGAAGCCUCAUAGUGAUAGCUUGAAAGAGCUUGCAAUUGUAUCAUAUGGGGGAACAGAGUUUUCAAACUGGGUCGGUGAUCCAUCUUUCUAUAGGUUGGUCCAUGUGACGAUACGUGACUGUCUAAAAUGUAUAUCUCUACCGCCACUUGGGCAACUACCAUCACUUAAGGAGUUGUUAAUUCAAGGUAUGGAUGGGGUUAAAGGCAUAGGUUCGGAGCUAACUGGGAGUGGGACUACCUCUGUUGUCUUCCCUUCACUUGAAAUUUUAAGGUUUGAAGAUAUGUUAGGGUGGGAGACAUGGUCAUAUGCUUCAGAUAUAGUGUUUCCGUGCCUAAGAGAGCUUUAUAUAAAAGAUUGUCCUAAGUUGAUUGAUGUUUCAGUUGAAACCCUCCCUUCACUAAGGGUUUUACAAAUACAUAGAUGUGGUGAUCGUGUGUUGAGACGUUUGGUUCAGGCAGCUUCAUCUAUCACCAAGUUGGAAAUACUAUCUAUUUUAGGGCUUACAUAUGAGGUGUGGAGAGGUGUUCUAGACCAUCUUGGGGCAGUUGAGGAAGUAAGAAUUUAUAGGUGUAAUGAAAUAAGAUAUUUAUGGGAAUCAAAAGCAGAUGCAAGUAAGGUCCUUGUGAACUUACAGAAAUUGUAUGUAUAUAAUUGCUCAGCUUUGGUCAGUUUGGGAGAGAAAGAGGAGGAGGAGGAAGACAGUUUUGGUAGCCAUUUCCUAUCAUCUCUUAGGAUUUUGGAUGUAUUGCAUUGUAACAACAUGAAGCUUUGUUGUUGUCCAAAUAGCAUUGAGAGUUUGUGUAUCGGUUCUUGUAGUUCAGUCACACGUCUCUCUUUCCCAACAGCAUCGACAAUUGGGGGAGGGCAUGAGCUCAGGUCUCUUGAUAUAUCUCUCUGCAACAAACAAAUGGAAAUGAUUAUCAACACAAGCAUGCCAAUGCUAGAAUACGUAUGUAUUUAUCAUUGGGAAAAUCUGAAAUCAAUUAUUCAAUUGAGUAAUUCCGUUCACCUCACCCACCUUGAGCUAUACGGUUGUCCAAGUUUGGAGUCAUUUCCUGACCUUGAGCUAUCGAAGCUUACUUCAUUAAAAAUUCUACUAAUAGAAAAAUGCCCAAGUAUGGAUUAUGCCUUUCCUCAAGGGCUUUGGCCUCCUAAUUUGGUUAGCCUUGGAAUAGGGGGGUUGAAAAAACCCAUAUCAGAGUGGAGCUCUCAGAAUUUUCCAACUUCUCUUGUUGAGCUAACGUUAUUCGGUGAAGAUGUGCGUAAUUUUAGUAAACUAUCAGAUCUUCUUCCUUCAUCUCUUACUCGACUUUGCAUAGAAGAAUUUGGUAAACUGGAAUCACUUUCAGUGGGAUUACAACACCUCACAUCCCUUCAACAUCUCGAGAUUGAGAACUGCCCAAAGAUAAUUCAUCUACCAGAAACAGUGUUGCCUUCCCUUUUGAGUCUAAGAAUCUGUGAAUGCCCAAAAUUGAAAGAAAGGUGUGAAGGAAGGGGCUCCCACUACUGGCCACUCAUCUCUCAUAUCCCCUGCAUUGAAACAGAACACAGCGAUUGAUUGAUUGCAAAAAUUAUGAGAUACAACUUCUGAAGAAUGAGAGUUCGUGAUUUUUAGUAAUCUACGAGUUACAUACACUUACUCUUCAUACUAAUGCAUACAAGUCCACAGAUGCAGAUUCACACAAAAAGUUCCAUUCUAAGCCAUGCCCUUUGAGAUACGUGAAUUCCUUGGGUCAUACAUGAAUCCUGUAGGUGGUACCUGAGGAAUUGCUGGUGUUUCUGUUUCAGCCAGUAGAAGUGCUGCCAUAACAUCUGGAACUUGUUCAAUCACGUACGAGAUACUUCCAUGGUUGAGAAUCAUCUGAUAAAAAUAUGCACCCGAAGGAGUUCAAGAAGCGUUUGAUAUGGAGUGUGAUUUUGAAAGAAAGUCAAAAUAAACGGACUAGUCCAUGGCGUUACAGUGUAGACGAAAUUGACCAGCUGGUGGUUGAAGAAGUUCGUACAUGGCUUCGACCUCAUAAGCAAUCGGAAAAAAUGAAACGAGCUUCUAAUGUAGCUCUUUAUUUCUCCCCCAACAUGAACAAACAGACUGAUUGUAAAAAUCCCUGGCAGCAUGAAAGUAAUUUGGCAUUUUUACAACUAUGUAUUUUUUUGUAUAAAUAUUUGAUAAUGCAAGAUUUUCAUGAA